GGAUUGGAAACAUGGAACUUUAUGUGCAAAAGGGGGGAGCAAAGGGAAACGCAAGCAAAUGAGUUAUUGUUUAUGAGUUUUUUGAGCCACAGCGAUACGAGACGAAGCGGAAAUGUCUUGAAUGUAUGUUAUCUCUUUUUUAGAUGGAGUUUUUGAGGAGUUGUUUUAUCGGAAAGCAAAGCACGCGAGCAACAGAGCAGGAAAGAUGCAGCAAUCAGCAGCAGCAGCAAGUUUGAUUCGUUUUUUUGGGAUGCCCCAAUUCUUUUUGAUGUUUUUUGCUUUUCACUUCUCUUCUUUACUUUUCCAGUCUUGCUUGCUCAAGACUUUGGAUAUCCUUUUCUUAUCACGAAAUGGUGUUUUAAAAAAACACCAAAACCGGAAUUUUCGAAUUUUUAACCUGCCAAAAACCUCCUACCUUCCUUUUCUUCAUAUCCCAUUAUCGCAUCUAAAAUGAUAAACACGUUCGUCCCUACCUGUCAGAACUGACGAUCAUACAUUUUCAUCCAACAUCUACAUGCGGAAAACGGAAAGGGCAAAAACACACGAUUAUAUUCACCGGGUUCCCUUUC